AUGAGCAAAAAAGUUGCAUCACAUGCAUUGAAAAAUAAUGAUUUUGAGGUGUGGUGGAGUUCAAAUGAUAAAAGUCCAACUAGUUCUGGUGUGGGGCUCAUGAUUAAAAAAUCAAUAUCAAUAUAUGUCCAAAAGGUCAAAGAAUCAAAUGGUAGAAUAAUUUAUGCAGAUUUAUUUUUGCCUCACCAAAAAAUUAGAAUUAUAAAUGUAUACAUAAAUUCAUCAACGUCUACAGAGUGGGACAGGAAAGAAAGAUUACAAACUGAAAAUGAAACAAUUUCAAUAAUAGAAGAAGGAAAAAAAAAUAAUUACAGUAAUAUAAUAAUUGGUGAUUUUAAUGCAGAUCCUGAUAAAUUAGAACUAGAUAGAAUGAACAAUAAAAAAAUAGAUAGAAAAUACCAUCUUAUCAAAUUUUUACAAAAUAAAAAUUAUAUUGACAUUCAUACAAACAUAGAAGAUGACAAAUGUUAUACAUGGAAGAACAACAAUAGUACAAGUAGGAUAGAUCUCAUAUGGAUGCCAAAUAAUAUGCUAGAUGAAGUUUUUUUCUGUGAGACAUGGAAAUCGCCACUAUAUUCUUCUGACCAUAGAAUGGUCAUAACAUACUUACACAAAAAUAAUAUUAUUUUUAAUACAAAGGAAGCUAAUAUAAAAAGGAAACAAAUGAGAAGACAAGUAUUUUCUUUUGACAACAUGAAAGAAGAAGACUGGUUAAAAUAUGCUGAAACAAGUGACAGCUUAUGGAAAGACUCUCAAAUGAAUAAAUUUAAAUUUCCUGAAAAUCCUGGUCAUCAUGAUCUGAAUAGAAUGUGGGAUGCAGUAAGAAAUACUCUCAUCAAAACAGCUGAAAAAACAAUUCCAAAACGAUGGGUAUCAGAAUCAUUCAAAGACAUUAAAUCAAAAGAAUUGAUCAAAAAUUAUAGCUAUCUCAGGAAGGUUAACAAAAUUUUAAUUAAAUUCAACAACAUAAAAAUUUACAAUGACAAAAUACCUUCUCAGACUGAAUGGAAUAAAGACAUAAAGAUUUUAAAUAAUAUCAUCAAUAAUGAUGCAACAACUUUAACUUAG